CUCUUGUUUGUGUGUUCAAAUAUAUCAGUGAAACAUCAGAAAGUUAUAAACGACCUUGAUUAUAGUAAUUAUGAUAUUUAAUUGAUACGAGCGUCCAAAUAGUGUCAGUAGUUCAUAAUUUCACGAGUGAGAUUCGAUGUGAGUUCGGUGAAAAUGACGUUUUUACAAGAGCGUGACCUUGAAAAUGUGCCGACUAUACGAGAUUAUUACAAGGGAAAAACUCUAUUCAUUACCGGUGGAUCAGGCUUCAUGGGAAAAGUUUUGGUGGAGAAAUUGCUCUACUCGUGUUCAGAUCUAGACAGAAUCUAUUUGUUGCUGAGAAAUAAAAAAGGCGUUAAGGCGGAAGACAGACUAGCUGAUAUAUAUUCUUCAAGAUGUUUCGAUCGCCUGAGAAAAGAAAAACCGGGUAUAUUCCAGCAAAAAGUGUUUUUUAUCGCUGGGGACGCGAGUGAAAUUGGACUUGGUAUAUCAGAUGAAGAUAGAACCUUGAUUAUUAAUAGAACGAACAUCGUUUUCCACGUUGCUGCUAGUGUCAGAUUUGAUGAUACCCUAAAAGUAGCUGCUAGACUGAAUCUUCGAGGAACAAGAGAAAUUGUUGAACUAUCUAAAGACAUAAGGAAUCUGGAAGUCCUUGUGCACGUGUCAACGUCUUACGCGAAUACAAAUCGGAAACAGAUAGACGAAGUUAUUUAUCCCGCUUUCGCUGAUUGGAGGGAAACACUGGAUAUUUGUGAAAAUGUAGAUGAUCAUACUUUGAAUGUUCUGACUCCUAAGUAUUUAGGAGAAUUGCCUAACACGUAUGUGUUCACGAAGCAACUGGCGGAGCAUGUACUGGCCGAACAGAAAGGCAAACUGCCCAUCGUCAUUAUGAGACCAUCGAUUGUUAUAUCAAGUGACAAAGAACCAAUGGCGGGUUGGGUUGAAAACUUAAAUGGUCCGGUUGGUAUAUUGAUCGCCAGUGGUAAAGGAAUUCUAAGAAGUCUGUAUACGGAUCCAGAUAUUGUAUCCGACUACAUACCUGUUGAUGUUGCUAUUAAGGCUUUCAUCGCCGGAGCUUGGGCACGGGGUGUUAAAAAAUUUGAACCGACAGACGAUAUAGAGGUUUACAAUUGUUCUACGAGUCACAUGAAAACAAUGACAAUAGGCGAAAUUGUUGACUUCGGCAAAAACAGUAUCGCCCGUGAGAUUCCGUUGGAGGGCAUGCUGUGGUUUGUUGGAGGUUCAGUCACGAGAUCGAAGCUUGAGUACUACUUGAAGGUACUCUUUCUCCACUUACUACCAGCUGUCCUAGUGGAUUUAGUUCUUCGAAUUAUUGGAAGUAAACCAAUGCUCGUUAAGUUACAACGUCGGAUAUAUGUGGCAAAUCUAGCUCUUCAGUACUUCGUGACCCAGCAAUGGACGUUCAUAAAUAAAAAUAUCCUCGAACUUCGCUCGCGGAUCAAAGAGCAAGACAAAGUGCCGUUCUUCUAUGAAAUGGAGACAAUUAUACCAGAAGAAUAUUUCAGAAACGCCUGUAUAGGCGGAAAGGAGUUUAUUUUGAACGAAAAAAUGGAAAAUCUACCGAAAGCUAAAGCACAUUUUAGAAGAAUGGAGAUUUUGGACAGAGUUGUCCGUACUGUAUUACAAGGCUACGGUUUAUGGUUUAUUGCUCAUACGAAUUUCGCUGCAGAAAUUUUCCGGAAGCUUUCAAAUUUGACUAUUUGAGAACAAAAUAAUAUAUUACAUAGAUAUUAUUUUAAUAAUAUACACUUCGAUACUACUUAGA